AUGUACAGUCAGCCCUUCCCGCAAAACAGCGUGUACGGCGCUCCUAACAUGAUGCCCUAUCAAGGUAUGAUGUCACCCCAAGUCCCACCUCAGGGAGCCCCCGGUAUGAUGUCGAACUACAGCCCAAGCCCUAAUCGCGGCGGCUACGAGGGGCAACAAAUCGGUCGUCACAUGGGGCAGCGCCCGCCACCACGUCCGCGUAACAACGAGAUAGGUGAGGUGAGCCGUGUUAUCCAUAUGCGUAACAUUACCCCCAACGUGACGCAGUUGAGCAUCCAGAACCUUGUUCAGAAUUUCGGCAAUAUUAAACACAUUGUGAUGCUCCGCCAGAUGAACCAGGCACUCGUAGAGAUGGAGUCCACCAAAAGUGCACAACAGCUGGUAGACUUCUUCCGUGAGACAGGGUAUGCUGAGAUUGAUGGCCGCCGUGUGUACAUCCGAUACAGCAACCAUCAAGAGCUUACUGCCACUCAACACACAAGCAAAACGCUACUGGUAUCAAUGUUUAAUACCCAAUAUGACGUGUCAGCUGCGGCACAAAUCACGCCCUUGAUUGUUUACCAGAUCUUUGUCGCCUACGGCGUUGUACGAAAGAUUGUGGUUCUGCCCAAGAAUGAGUCCAGUCAGCGCAAUCACAACCGAGUACAGGCUUUGGUUCAGUUUGACUGUAAAGCGACCGCAGAGAAUGUGAAGAACAUUCUACAGGGCCAGCCUGUGACGAUUGGAGACACCAUCACAUUCACCCUCGAUAUUCAGUUCUCGCGCAUGGAUGACAUAAAGACGAGCAACCCUGCCAUAUCACUAGUGAUAAACGAGGACGGCAUACCCGAAUUGCCGCAGCCGCAGCCACAGCAGCCACCGCCACCUCCGCAGCAACAGCCACAGCAGAUGCAGGGUGGAAACAUGUACCCCGUUCUUCCUCAGCAGUGGAGCUAA